ACCGGUCUCUAAAUAUCUAUUAAAAGAAUAGAGAAUGCUGUAUUAUAUUACACUAUGCAACUAAAAAAAACAAAAAAAAAUCGCAUACCGAUCAUCCACAAAUUUACAUCAUGCAGGAAUAGUAUGAGCGCAUUGAAUUAUCUCCGUGGAAACGAGAAGUAAAACAUUACCAUAACCUGAAGAAACAUAGAAUUGUGCGAAUACAACUAGAGUGUCCAGUAUCACGUUCUCAUCGCGUUUCAAAAACAAUGUCUGCAGAAAAUUGUGAUGAGUCUAUGCGAGAAACGGCAUUACGACUUGCCGUAGAAGAAGAAAACAGACGAAAGACUGAUCCAAAUGAAACUCACGAACGAUCCAUUAUUAUCCUUGGUAGCAAGGGAGUUGGUAAAACAACAAUGGUGUAUCGAUUUCUCGAAAAAGACGAAAGGCCAAAACCGACGAUAGCAAUGGAUUAUUCGUUUGGUCGCAAAACUGUAAAAAGUUUAGUAAAAAAUAUAGUACACGUAUGGGAAGUAGGCCACUUGGCUUCUUCUUUGGUAUCUGUCGCAAUGACGGGAUCUACAUUAACGCAUUCUCCUCAUCAUACUAUGCUAUUGAUGAUGUUGGAUUUAUCACGACCGGAGGAAUUAUGGACUUCCUUUGAAGAGACUCGUUCCGUAAUACAAAGUGGUUUGAAAAUGAGUUAUGAUUCUAAUAUAAUUCAAGAAUUACGAGAAAAAAGAAUAGCAGAUAGAAAAAAGGAGUUAGAACGUGGAGUUGAUCCGUUACCGAUGAAGAUGUGUAUCAUAGGUGGACGAUAUGAUGAGUUCAAGGAAUUUGACUCAACGAAAAAAGAAUUUAUUGGCAAGAUAUUGAGAGCGAUAGCUCAUAAUUUGGGCGCAAGUCUUUAUUAUUAUUCAUCUAAAGAUAAGUUUCUUAUACGACGGCUGAAAGAUUUAUUAUCUCAUCAUGGAUUUGGUUCUCCGCUUUCGGACGAAAGAUGUACAGAUUAUGAGAAACCAUUAAUGAUGCCAGCGGGCGUGGAUUCGUUUGGACGGAUCGAUUUGCAAUUCCCCCAAACCAGACCAUCGGCAAUUUUAGACACUAUCAAACAGAUUUACAUCUCCCGUAUACCGCAAGUGUCGAGAAGCGAUGAAAGUACUUUGGAGGACCCCAGCAACGAUCCUAAUUUUAACGAGCCCAUCAUUGACAGACUUAGAACACAGCGAGAAGAGGAAAUUAGUGUACUGCUGAAUGAUAUGAUGGAAGGUCACAUGCCAAAGAUUCCCGUACCCGAUCCAAUUUAGGGUGCACACAUAUUUACAAUACAUCUGUUGUGUUUUUAAAGCGAUGCGUAAAAGCGGAUAAUACAGCUGGCAGUUUAUAAUACAUCCAUUUAUUUUAAAUCAACAAAGAUCUAUUUCAUAUGUAA